AUGGCCAAGAAAACACAAAAGACUAUUCUUGCGGAAAUUAAAAAAGCGAAAUAUUAUUCUGUGAUAGUAGACUCUACCCCCGAUAUAUCACAUAUCGAUCAGUUGUCUUUUAUUAUAAGAUAUGUUCAAGAAUGUGGUUCACCAGUAGAACGUUUUAUUACGUUUCUUCCAAAUACAGGACAUAAAUCACAGGAAUUAGCAGAAACCGUCAGUAAAAUACUUAUUGAUUUGGAAAUUGACAUAUCUAAUUGUAGAGGCCAAUCUUAUGAUAAUGCUGCUAAUAUGUCUGGUGUUUAUUCGGGACUUCAGAUGAAAAUCAAAGAACUAAAUCCUUUAACUGAGUAUGUACCAUGUGCUGCCCACUCUUUAAAUCUCGUAGGAAACUGUGCCGCAAGUUGUUGUACUGAAGCAACAAAUUUUUUCGGUGUCCUCCAGGAACUUUUUAAAUUUUUCUCGGCAUCCACAUACCGGUGGGAAAUAUUACAAUCAUAUAUAAAAGCCAAACUAACACUAAAGCGACUGUCAACAACACGAUGGUCUGCUAGAGAUGACGCUUGCCGAAGUUUGAAUGAAUCUUGGUUGGAGAUUAUUGAAGCUUUAUCCUUCAUUGAAAAUAACGCAGUAGAAAAAAAUAUAAGCAGAAGUGAAGCAAAGGGAUUGCGAAUUCGUUUAGAACGAUUGGAAACCGCGUUUAUGGCUGUAUUUUGGAGUACUUUACUUUCAAGAUUAAACGCAUCAAGCAAGAAACUACAAAGUAUAGAUAUUGAUAUCUCCAUUGUUUUAGAAUUGUAUAAGUCUCUUAUUAAUUUCGUCCAAAGGAUUAGAAACGACUUUGAUGAAUUUGAGAACAAAGCGAAAUUAUUGUCAAAUGAGCAGAAAUAUGAAAGAUGUAAAUCCCGAAUAAAGAAAAGAAAAUUGCAACUUGACGAAUCACGAGAUGGCGAUGCUGAUGAAACGUUCAGCAGCAGAGAUCGUUUUUGA